CCUUGUAUCUCUAGGCUUCUGAGUCUCCAGCUAUUUCGUCUCGUAUAAACGGCAACGUACGGCUCACGUUUUGUCUCUGUUUAAUUCUUAUUUCCCGGUGACUGUCUAUUCCUCUGAAAACCAAAUCUUGUUCUCUGAAAAUGCCACCAGCUGGACAAGAUGAUCUUGACUUCUUGAAGUACGCCAUGGAAUCGUACGUUGCUGACGUCAACGCCGACAUUGGCAAGACUACUAUCGUAUUCACUCUUCGUGAAAAGGCAGGAGCUCUCGCUGAAACAUUGAAGCUGUUCCAGGCACAUGAUGUGAAUCUGUCUCACAUUGAAUCAAGACCAUCAAAGACUCAUGAAGGAUGCUAUGAGGUGCUCGUUGAAUUUGCUGAAGCUGAAGACCAUCGUAAGAUUGAAGGAGUUAUUGAGCAUUUCCAACAAAAAGCUGAAAAGAAGGUUCUUGUUCAAGACUGGAACACCAAAAACAAACAAAACAAGGAUUCUGUUCCAUGGUUCCCACAGAAGAUCAACGACAUCGAUCAAUUUGCCAACAGAAUUCUUUCUUAUGGAGCUGAGCUUGAUGCCGAUCACCCUGGAUUUAAGGACAUGACCUACCGCGAGCGCAGAAAGUUUUUCGCCGAUAUUGCAUUCAACUUCAAACACGGAGACAAGAUCCCUACUAUCACCUACACUGAUGAAGAAAUUGCCACGUGGCGUACAGUCUACAACGAGCUGACAGUUAUGUACCCGAAAAACGCUUGCCAAGAGUUCAACUACAUAUUCCCACUCCUCCAGCAGAAUUGUGGUUUUGGACCUGACCGCAUUCCACAAUUGCAGGAUGUUUCAGAUUUUUUGAAGGAUUGUACCGGGUACACGAUUCGACCAGUCGCUGGUCUUCUUUCUUCUCGUGAUUUCUUGGCUGGUUUGGCCUUCCGUGUUUUUCAUUCCACACAAUACAUUCGCCAUCAUUCCGCUCCAAAAUACACACCUGAACCAGAUAUCUGCCACGAGCUUCUGGGACAUGUUCCACUAUUUGCUGAUGUUGAAUUUGCACAAUUCUCACAGGAAAUCGGUCUUGCUUCUCUUGGAGCUCCAGAUGAUGUUAUUGAAAAACUUGCCACACUCUACUGGUUCACAAUCGAAUUUGGAAUCUGUCAACAAGAUGGGGAGAAAAAAGCUUACGGAGCCGGACUUUUGAGUUCAUUUGGAGAGCUUCAAUAUGCGUUGAGUGAUAAGCCGGAAGUUGUAGAUUUUGAUCCAGCUGUAUGUUGUGUCACCAAAUAUCCAAUCACAGAAUAUCAGCCAAAGUAUUUCUUAGCUGAAUCAUUUGCAAGUGCUAAGAACAAACUUAAAUCAUGGGCAGCUACCAUCAAUCGUCCAUUCCAAAUUCGUUAUAAUGCUUACACUCAACGAGUUGAAAUUCUCGACAAGGUAGCAGCACUUCAACGUCUCGCAAGAGACAUCAGAAGUGAUAUUUCUACUUUGGAAGAAGCUCUUGGAAAAGUGAACAAUCUCAAGAUGAAGUGACUUUUUGAUUAAAUUGUUAAUUUGCAAGAAUAAAUGUACAUUGUUCUCAAUGUUUGUUGAAUUACAAAGAAACCUGAACAACAAUUACAAAUUUG